ACCCAAAAAUACAACAACAACGAGAGAGAGGGUUUUUGCUCAAAAAAUAUAUGCAUGCCAGCUCUGCAAUCCGUACAACGUUUACAUUUAUAUAAAAUUUUCCGAAAUUGCUUUCAAUGAUCUGUAAAUUACUGUGUUUUAAAGUGCAAUUAUCGUUAAGAAAUACUCUAUAUGGUCGCCUUUUGACAUCAACCACAAAGAACUCCUUUUUGCGGCCAAAAUGAAAAUACCAACUUUCGAAAAAAUAUUAGUGACCGUCGGAACAACCCAGUUUGAUGAGCUUAUCCAAACCGUAACCAGUCAUAAUGUGGUUGACGUUCUGCGGAGGUUCGGCUGCCGCAAGCUAACACUUCAGAUAGGACGUGGCCGGAAUCCGAAAUUGGAUAAAGAAGUCUUCGGUAGCGACAUAGAAGUUAAAUAUUUUGAUCUUAAAGCUAGCAUAGCCGAUGACAUCGACUCAGCUGAUCUGGUUAUAAGUCAUGCUGGUGCCGGAAGUUGCAUAGAGGUGCUGGGAGCUGCGAAGCCCCUCGUGGUCGUGGUUAACGAACGACUCAUGGACAACCACCAGUCAGAACUGGCCGAAGCACUCCAUCAAGAAGGACAUCUAUUGUACUGCACGCCAGAAUUUUUGAGUAAAACUUUAGCUGAGGGAGACUUCGGGAAGCUGAAAAAGUUUCCCCCAGGCUCGGUCGGAGAUUUCGUAAGUUAUUUGGAUGCAUUCAUGGGAUUUUGAAUAAGUAUACCAAAAUAGGUAAGUAUUUUGUUACCAUAGGAUAGUUGCUGAAGUAAUUGAUAUGAUGUUUUAUAAAUAAAUUGUUCUACCUAUCAA